AAGCAAGCAAAUAUAUAUCUUCCACUAUGUAUGCGCUUGACAUAUGUGACAAAGACCUCAAAGAAAACACCCAGAGCAGCACCUAGCUGAAGAAAAUCUAUCAAAUCUCCGGCGUGAUCGAUGGCGGAGGAGAAUCAAAAAGAAGCCAUAGUUUCGAAACCAAGAACAAAACCGCCACACUUCGUGCUUAUACACGGCAUAAGCUUAGGAUCAUGGUGCUGGUACAAAAUCAAGUGUCUCAUGGAAGUCUCUGGCUUCACCGUCACUUGCAUCGACCUCAAAUCCUCAGGCAUCGAUCCUUCCUCCCCCGAUUCUCUAACUUCCUUCGAUCAGUACAACCAACCACUCACCGACUUCCUUUCCUCCUUGCCCGAACAAGAACAGGUGAUACUUGUUGGUCACAGUGCAGGAGGGCUAAGCGUAACGAGUUCGAUACAUAAAUUCCCUAAGAAGAUCUCUCUAGCUGUUUAUAUUGCAGCUACAAUGCUCAAAUUAGGGUUUCAGACCGAUGAAGAUUUGAAAGAUGGAGUGCCUGAUCUAUCCGAACAUGGUGAUGUAUAUGAGCUUGGCUUUGGUUUAGGAGUAGAGAAUCCUCCGACCAGUGCCCUUAUCAAACCGGAGUUCCGACGAAAGCUCCUUUACCACAUGAGUCCUCAACAGGAAUGUGCGUUGGCUGCGUUACUAAUGAGACCAGGUCCGGUUCUGGCGCUAACGACAGCAAAAGUUGAAGAAGAAAAAUUAGGACAAGAAGUGGAGGAGAACGUGCCGCGCGUGUACAUCAAGACUUUGCACGAUCGGGUGGUUAAACCGGAGCAGCAGGAGGCGAUGAUGAAACGGUGGCCACCGAGAGAAGCUUACGAAGUGGACAGUGACCAUUCACCUUUCUUCUCUAACCCUUUUGCGCUCUUUGGUUUACUCAUCAAAGCUGCCGUUUCUGUUGGUUCCUCUAUCUAAAAAUAUUCAAGAACAAGGGAUUUGAUUGUGUCUUGUUAACCGGUUUGAUCAAAGUAUAUUUAAUAAAUAAGAAAACUGUUUAUCGAAUGAUAUUAUAUAAUUUUCUCUACAUACAAAUGGUUCUGUUUAA